AUGCAUAGUCAAGCUAAUCUCCACUCCAAAGUAACAAAAAAAAGCAUAGCUUAAAUCAUAUCUAGUCCUAAAUCUUUAGAAUCCAUUUUGAAAGAGUAGUUUCAACUACAUAAAACCAUUUAUUAUUGUUUUCUGAGUCCAAUCCAAAUUUUUUUGCAAUAUUUUUCAGCUUCAGUCAGGCUAUACUUCUUUAUGACAACUAUUUAUUAAGAAAAAACCAUGCCUUCGCUCAUGGAUAAACAAGUAUUAACUCGGAUUAUAAAAAUAGGUUGCUAGGUUAAAGACAAAAUUUUGA